CUCUCUCGGUGCGGAAGUGUUGUCCUCCGGAGGAGCAGCAGCAACAGCAGCAGCUGCAGAGCCACGGCGUCGCUGGUCCGGUUGCAGGCUCUCUGGUGUGCGCGUCUCUUCCGCCGGGACUUGUCAGCGCUCAUCUCGGCCGUGCAGCGCAGCAGUAGUAUGCGAGCACCGUCCGGAGUGUGGGAGCACCGUGUGAAGUGAGUUUCCUUGAAUCAUCUAUAUGGGCCAUCUUCUCUCGAAAAAUGGUUACCGCCUGAAGAAGAGGACACGCAAGUUGCAUCACAGAAAGAAGAAGAAGAGGAACUGUUUCCUGCAGGGGCCUUGUAUGCUGUGCUUCAUCGUCCAAAGCAACAGCAGCAGUCCCGACGACGACAACAACCAUUUGGAGGUCGGUGUCAACGGCAGCGGGUGCCGCCACAACAGCGUCACCGGAAUCAGUGUUCCUGGUGUGGGUGGAGUUGCUAUUGGAGCAGUAUCUGCCUCGAAGCUUGCUGAGCGAUACGCAACGCUCGCGUCUCCUGAGGACUGCUCCAAAUUUCUGCUGUCACCAAGGGAACUAACUAUCUGGGAGGGCCAGGGGAGGAGCCUGCUGUCAGCUGUUCCUGCCAAACUGAUUCAACCACCAGCGCUGUUUCGAACCGCGGGGGUGUCUGUGGCCGUACCCAUACCUGUACCUGUGCCAGUGCCUGGCUGCACCAGCGACUACAUUGAGAUGGUGUGUAAGAGGAAGUGUUCAGAGGUGCAGAGGUGCACCCCCUGUAAGCAGCCGCGCUGUGCCUUCGCUGCCCCUGACGGAGGGCUGGAGAAUGGAGGAGUGGGAGGAGGCGGAGGAGGAGAGACCUCCUCAAACUCUGAAACCGACCACUGCCACCUCCCCCUCUGUCCACUACCCUCCUCCUCCUCCUCUUCCUCUGCCACCUCCUCUUCCUCCUCACCUGCUGAUGGCUGCUGUGGGUUAGGUCUUCGUGCUGAUUUGCCCCACAGUUCAGACAUGUCCCCCUGCUGCCUGCAUCACUAUGACGACUGCCAGGCGAGAAGUUCUGAUGCUGCUGAUCACUUAAGUAUCAACCACCUGCCUUCCUCCAUCCUUCUUAAGGUGCUCUCCCACUUGACAGUGAAGGAGCGCUGCCUGUGUGCCUCUCUGGUGUGUAAGUACUGGAGGGACCUCUGCUUGGAUUUCCAGUUCUGGAAGCAAAUCGACCUCAGUGGCCUACAACAGGUUAACGACGAUCUGCUGGUGAAAAUAGCAUCUCGGAGGCAGAACGUGACAGAGAUCAACAUCUCGGAUUGCCGAGGGGUCCACGACCACGGCGUUUCCUCCCUGGCGUCUCACUGUCCAGGCCUGCAGAAGUACACGGCAUACCGCUGCAAGCAGCUGGGCGACAUGUCCCUGUCAGCCUUGGCCACACACUGCCCUCUGCUGGUGAAGUUGCAUGUGGGGAACCAGGACAAACUAACUGACGAUGCACUAAAAAAGGUGGGAGAGCACUGUAGUGAGCUCAAGGACAUCCACUUGGGUCAGUGCUACAGUAUCACAGAUGAAGGCAUGGUGGCCUUGGCUAGAGGAUGUCCCAAACUGCAGAGACUCUACUUGCAAGAGAACAAACUGGUCACUGAUCGGUCCGUGCAGGCUGUUGCAGAGCAUUGUCCUGAGCUGCAGUUUGUUGGCUUCAUGGGCUGCCCUGUGACCUCUCAGGGAGUCAUCCAUCUCACCGCUCUACGUAACCUGAGUGUCCUGGACCUGCGGCACAUCUCGGAGCUCAACAACGAGACGGUGAUGGAGGUGGUGAGGAAAUGUCGCAACCUCAGCUCGCUCAACCUCUGCCUCAACUGGAGCAUCAACGACAGGUGCGUGGAAAUCAUUGCCAAGGAGGGGAGAAGUCUGAAGGAGCUCUAUCUUGUGUCUUGUAAAAUCACAGACCACGCCCUGAUAGCCAUAGGCCAGUACAGCAGCACCAUAGAGACCGUGGAUGCCGGCUGGUGCAAGGAUAUUACGGACCAGGGAGCCACACAGAUUGCUCAGAGCAGCAAGUCCCUCCGCUACCUGGGCCUCAUGAGAUGUGACAAGGUGAACGAGGAGACUGUGGAGAGGCUAGUGGUCCAGUACCCUCACAUUGUGUUCAGCACGGUGAUGCAGGACUGCAAGAGAACCCUGGAAAGAGCUUAUCAGAUGGGCUGGAGCCCCAACACAUCGAACACUUCGUAGCUACUACUGGAUGGGGACACGCACACACACACACACACACACACACACACACACACACACACACACACACAAACACUUGGGCCCUUUUCCUGGUGUACAGACACACAAUAACUGCAGCACAUUAAUGUUUGCUACUCAUCCACUGUUGCAUGUGAACAUGUAGAUACACCCACAGACAGAGGUCCAGUCCAUCGCCUGGUUCAUUUGAAACAAAUCUCCCAUUUUUAAAAUUAAAGUGAUAUAUAGGCCUCCUCAUGUUUUGUAAUUGAGAUUAAAUGCACCUACUGAUCAAGGCGUAUAGUUCUCAUUAGCCUUGGCUACGAGUCAGAUUACAUCCAACAAUAUAGUGCACUUUCUAUGACUAGAGCCUUGAUUGACUAGUUUGUUUUGGUGCAAAGCGGUGCUCUGACAAGUGUUUGAUUUCCACUUUAAGUGACUAUUACUCAGUUGAUAGAGUAUUCAUGUCGAUGACACUCCAUGUCACCUUGGAGGGGGACGAAGUAAGGCAUGCGUGAGGAGGGUGCAGCCCGGUCUUGAACUUUGAAAAAAAAAAAAGAAAACAGAGAGAAAGAUCUGAACUAAAAAUGUGUCACUCAAAGAUAUUCGGUGAUGUUCGGACCAAGGUUUGCCGGUGGAACCUGCAGUGUUGGAGAUGUCAGUCCACUGAGGUGUUUACUUCCUCCAAACUGAACUCUACUGCUGCGUUGACAUCACACACACACGACAGAGCGGAGGUCUGGUGGUGACGUCUGAACACUUCAGUCCGGAAGACGACUGACCUGCCACGGCUUCAGACCUCACGUGAGGAAUUUUGAGAAAUCUUUGAUGUUUAGUUUCUCCAAUGAUAUCUUUCAUUUUUUUUUUCCCUCUCGUUGAUGUUCAGUACAUUAUUAAAGGCAUCUGAGGACUCAUCCCGGUUGUUGACUAGGCUCCAUUUGAAGGACAGAGCCUUUUUGUUCUUUUCUUUUUUUCCCGGGACUCUAUAUGCACAUUGUCGUGGUACAGAAUAAGGAUUCGGGACAGAAUCAGUUAAAACCCCUGGCAAUGUAUGGCAGUAAAAUGUCAUUGAUUAUAUUCUAAAAGUGCAUGUUUACAUUGAGAAAACCUUACCUUAUUUUAUUUUCUCAGCUGGAUGUGGAGUACUUACGAUGUGAAGCUGAAAUUUACUUCUGUUUAUUAUUACCAUCUAGCGUAGAUCUACUGUUGACUGAGUAUCACCAAUCGAAUACCACCAUCAACAGUGCGUGAAAUAGACGUCGCCUUUACCCAAAGAUAUUCAUCUUAUCAGAAUAAUAACCACAACCGACUUGAUGACAGGUAAGAGGAAAUGUUGCCUUAAGUGGUUAGUAAUUGCCAUCCAAUUAGUAACCUGUAAUCAACCCACAAUUUACGAAAGAAAUGUUUAUCUGCUCCACUUUUAUCAGAUUCCCUUAUCCCAUUAUUUGUUCUGAUAUACAUAUAUAUAUAUAUAUUUACAUAAAUAAAUACUCUGUAGGAUUUAGUUAGCCUAAUAUUGGUUUUGAGAAUAUAAUUGUAACAUUAGUUAUGUAGCAUUGCAACUGAUGGUUUUAACUUUAUUAGUGGUGUAGGAUGUAAAGAAAAAAAACUGUCUCGGGCCUGUAACUAGGGUCCGUAGAAGUCGGCAGGCGAGACUCCAUCAUUUUUCAUCUAAUCUAUGGAAACUCAUUAGUGUACAGUUAAAAAUGCAAAUAACCAGGGUAUUUUUCUACGGUGUUAACCAGUUCUGGGCUCGGCCUCCACACACUGUUGCUCAGAUGCGAACAAUGGUUUCCUGAGCUAAGGGUUUAAGAACUGUAAACUUUCUACAGCCAGACAAUUUAAAAACACGUUCAUUUUGACCCGUUUCAGGAUUUGUGGACUUAAACUGACGGAGAGUUUCCCCCUCGGCCUGUUUUUCGUUUCUGUUUCUGUUCUUUUGUAAUCCCCACAUGCACUUUUCUCCUCUGCUAGAUGUUGACAUACUCGAUUCCUGAUUUGUUAAGGCAACCGUAAAUGACUGGAUUUACAUAAAGAUGAAUAAAACACUACUACUUCAA